AUGGGUCGAAGAAAAAUUGAAAGAACAGCAGCUGAAGAAGCAGAAAUUAAAAAAGCUCGUAAUGAAAAAAGAAAAGAGCAGAGACGUAAUCAAUCAGUGGAAAAGAAAAAUUGCACAGUAACUCAACAAACCGCUUCUAUUAAAAUUUCAUCUAAUAGUUUAUGCAUGCCAAACAAAACGAAUGUAUCAUUGAUCAAUAAUUUGAGUACGCCAGGACAUUACAAUAAAUUUAUUAAUGACACUUUUGAAAAUGAAGUAAACGAUUUACUUGCUACUCCUUCAACAUCACGUGAUAUAAUUCCGCUUACGUCAAAUCAGUUCCCAAGUCAGCAAUCUGAACAAACUAAUAGUACAUUAGUGUCCCCAAGACUAAUAGACUUUCAGAACUGUUCCUCGGAACAUAAUUCUAACAGAUCAUCACCGUCCCUGUUUACUGAGUCCCAGAAUUUUCUUUCUGAACAUGAUUACAGUACAUCAUCACAGCCUAAAUUGACUGAACUCCAGAAUCGUCAUUCUGAGCACAAUUAUUACAAAAAAAUAAUUAAUCAAUCCUCUAACAGUGUGAAUUUUACUAAUGAAAACUUGAUUCAAAAUGAAUCGAAUGUGAAUAAUAUAACCGGUAUAGAUAAGAUUCAACAAAAUUAUUUAGGUGAAAUGAAUGUUAGCUGUCACCACUGCAAUGCAAAACAUUUUAGUGCUGAAAAAGUAGCAAAUAAAGCCAAUUCGUUUAAUGAGUGCUGCCGACACGGAGAAGUAGCAUUAAAGUCUCAGCCGGAAUUUCCGAUACUUUUGAAAUCUUUAUUUGAGGGAACUCAUGAGAAAUCUAAUAACUUUUUUGAUCGCAUUCGUAAUUUCAAUAGUUCGUUCUCUUUCGCUUCUUUUAACGCUAAUUUAGUUGAUUUAUCUUCUCAAAGACGGGGUCCAUAUUGUUUUAAAAUCCAAGGACAGAUUUACUAUCAAAUAAAUACUUCUCUAUAUCCAAAUUCAAAUGAAUCUCCCAGUUAUGGUCAGUUAUUUAUUGUGGAUACGACCGAAGCAGUAGAAUGUCGAUCUAAAAGAAAUGUGAAUUGUGAUGUGAAUCUUUUGAAAGACAUCGACGUAAUAUUACGUCAACAUAAUAUUUUUGCUAAGUCCUAUCAAAUGAUGAAAGAUGUAUUAAAAAAUUCAUCCGUAAUUGAUGAAAACGGUGGUAUUGUUGAACCUGAGUUGAACUUGAUUUUUACACUAAAACCUGGUAUGGAUGUUAGACGUUAUAAUUUCCAAAGAGUCAAUGAAGUUGCAGCAGUUUUCUCUACGACAGUUGACGGAGAAAUUCCUGAAUCUUAUGUUACGGUUCAAAAUAAGAAUACAAAAACUUUUCAGUAUCUAAGCACGAUGGAUCCUAAUACCGAGCCUUGGGUUUACCCCUUAUUUUAUCCAACCGGUAAUCAAGGAUGGCAUGAGUCUAUACCUUACGUUCAUAAAACUAAUCGAAGGAAAAAAUUACGUGCUGAAUCGUAUCAAGGUUUAUUAGACCAUCUUCAUUCGCGGAAUAACAAUAGUGAUACAAAUUCAAACAUAGGUCGAAUUGUUAUUUUACCUUCAAGUUUUCCUGGUUCAGCACGUAAUAUGUUGCAACAUUAUCAAGAUGCAAUGUCAAUCGUACGGAUAUUUCGUAAGCCAGAUUUAUUUAUUACGAUGACCUGUAAUCCUAAAUGGCGCGAAAUUUCGGAUAAUUUAUUACCUGGACAAAGCGCUUCAGACAGACCUGACUUAGUUGCACGCGUUUUUGAUUUGAAAAAAAACGCAUUGAUUAAAAUGAUUAUGAAAGAUAAUCUUUUUGGUGAAGUUGUUGCCUACAAUUGGGUUAUCGAAAUUCAAAAACGAGCGUUACCACAUUUACAUAUGUUAAUAACGUUGAAAAGCAAUUGCAAAAUAGUAACCCCUGAUCGUGUCGAUGAAAUUAUAUCUGCAGAAAUCCCAAAUCAAACGGAUAAUCCUAUAUUGUGCGAUAUUGUCUCGAGAAACAUGCUUCACGGUCCUUGUGGAGAUUGGUGUUUAGUUAACGGAGUUUGUUCAAAAAAGUUUCCUAAAAAUUUUCGUGAUGUAACAACGAUGGAUGAAAAUGGAUAUCCUUUUUAUCGUCGGCGAGACAACGGAACAACAUUCACGCGAAAUGAUUAUGUCUUCGAUAACCGUCAUGUAGUUCCAUACAAUGCAACUUUAUUAGUAACUUUUAAUUGUCAUAUUAAUGUAGAAGUCGUUUCCUCAAUAAAAGCAGUAAAAUAUUUAUAUAAAUACGUAUAUAAAGGUCACGAUAAAGCAGGAAUAACAAUAAAUGGGAGGAUACCAAAUGAUCAACCUGCAUUAAGUAUAACCGAAAAUCGAACAUCACACGAUUCGAACAUCAAUACAAUUGAUCACGAUGAAGUUCGUAACUUCGUCGACGCUCGCUAUGUUGGUCCUGUUGAAGCUGCUUGGCGUAUUUUAUCCAAGCAUUUACAAAAUAAAAGUCAUUCCAUUAUCCGUUUACCAGUACAUUUACCGUUUACAGUACAACCGAACCAGCAAAAUGUAACAAUAAAUGAUGAUUGUAAUCAUGAUGAACUUCAAGAAGCUUUACAAAAACAGACUAUGUUAAUCGAUUAUUUUUCUUUAAAUAAACGAGAUACAUCUGCUCGGCAGUAUAUAUACAGUGACAUUCCACGUCACUACGUAUUAAAAAAAAAUAAUGAAACUAAAAUUUCAUCUUGGCAGCCACGAAAAAGAAAUUUCAACGUUAUUGGUCGUAUGUAUUCUGUUAGUCCUUCUCAGAUUGAAUUAUUUCAUCUCAGAUUAUUAUUAAUACACAUCAAAGGUGCGAAAAGUUUCGAAGAACUUAAAACAGUGAACGGAAUCAUCUGUGAUACUUUUAUGUCAGCAUGUUUAGCUGCCGGAUUGAUCGAAGACGAUCAAGAAUGGAGACGUACGCUAAAUGAAGCGGUAAGUUGGAUGAUGCCACGACAAUUACGCUGUUUGUUCGCCCGUAUACUGAUUCACUGCCAACCUCUUAAUCCAGAAAAACUGUGGGAGGAGUUUAAGUUAGCAAUGUCUGAGGAUGUUUCUAGAAGAUUAGGCUUAGAAGAAGGACAGAAAAGAGCUUACGUCUAUAUUAAUUCUAUUCUUCAACGAGAAGGUUUUAGUCUUUCAGUAUAUCCUGGCAUGCCACAAAUAAACGAUAUUGAAAUUUCAAAUUUUAUUAUAAAUGCAAUUGAAUGUAACACAUACGAUAUUCCUAACUGUGUCUAUAUAGAUGGGCCUGGUGGAUCUGGAAAAACGUUUGUUUACACUACGUUAUGUCAAAUUCUGAAAAAUAAAAAUAAAAAUGUUUGUACAAUGGCGUAUACAGGCAUUGCAGCGACUCUUUUACCUAAUGGGAAAACUGUUCAUAAAACAUUCGGUUUACCUGUUCCCAUGUUUUCUGAUUCGUCAUCACAUAUUAAGCCCAAUUCAGUUCAAGGAGAAUAUUUAAAGAAUGUAGACGUAUUCGUUUGGGAUGAAGCUCCAAUGUCACCUCGACACGCGUUAGAAAUCAUCGACCGAACUUUACGCCAAAUUAUGAACAAUGACAUUCCUUUUGGAGGAAAAAUGAUGAUUUUAGGUGGUGAUUUUCGACAAUUGCUUCCAGUCCAACCUAAUGCUACCCGAACUGAAACUGUUAAUAUGUCCAUUAAAUAUAGCGCAUUAUGGAUACAUUUUCGAAAGUUUUCAUUAACCCAGAAUAUGCGAGCUUUACCAGAAGAAAUUGAAUUUGUACAAUUUUUAUUAAACGUUGGUGAUGGAAGCCUUAAUAAUUUAGAUGAUGAAUUAAAUCUUCCUGACAUGUGUUCAACAUCAAAAAAUAAUGAUAUUGUAGAUAAUGUGUACGGUAAUAUUAUUAGAGGUAAACGUUAUUCCGAGCUUUCAAAAUCUGUAAUUCUAUCAGCUAGAAAUGUAGAUGUAGAUGUAAUCAACCGACAAGUGGUUGAUCUUUUAGAUUCAUCAACGGAAAAAAAUUAUGCGGCUAUUGACAGUACAGAAAAUUGUGACAAUGGUAAUAUGGACGAUGCUAUUUUACCCGAAUAUUUAAAUACAAUAAAUCCACCCAAUUUUCCUCCUUACGAACUUCAUUUGAGACAAUAUGCUAUAGUCAUGUUGCUUAGAAAUAUAAACUUAAGCGAAGGACUUUGUAAUGGUACAAGAUUGAUCGUUGAAGAUUUGGGAGUUUUCGUUUUACGGUGUAAAAUUUUGACCGGUGAUAAAGCUGGUGAUAUUGUUUUUAUUAAUAGAAUGACAUUGUAUUGCGAAAAUAUAUAUCCUUUUACUUUUAAAAGACGCCAGUUUCCAAUUAAAGUAGCAUUUUGUAUGACCAUUAAUAAAGCCCAAGGUCAAACUUUUGAUAAAGUCGGAAUUGAUCUCACCAAAGACGUCUUCAAUCACGGUCAAUUGUACGUAGCUUUUUCGAGAGUCCGAGCUUGGUCAGCGUUACAAGUUUAUUUAGAUCCUACUAAGACCAAUAAUAUAGUAUAUGCAUCUCCACACGCGCGCUUGCGCGCGCAACAUACACUAGUCCUGAGUUAA